AUGUUCAUUUACUUGAGCAAGAAGAUUGCAAUCCCAAACAACACCAAACUGAAAUGUUUGGCCUGGAACAAGGAGCAAGGGUUCAUUGCAUGUGGUGGGGAAGAUGGCCUCCUCAAAGUUCUGAAUCUCAACUCAGGGAAAGAAGGAAUAGCCAAAGGCCUAGCUGCACCUUCGAAUCUUUCUAUGAAUCAGACCCUAGAGGGGCAUUCUGGCCAGAUUCAAGUCAUCACAUGGAAUGAAACCCACCAGAAACUCACCAGCAGUGAUAGUUAUGGCCUCAUCAUUGUCUGGAUGCUCUACAAGGGUUCCUGGUAUGAGGAAAUGAUCAAUAAUCGCAACAAGUCAGUCGUCAGAGGAAUGGCAUGGACUGCUGAUGGGCAGAAAAUCUGCAUUGUGUAUGAAGAUGGUGCUGUGAUUGUUGGAUCAGUGGAUGGGAAUCGCAUCUGGGGAAAGGAACUCAAAGCUGUUCAUCUGAUGGAUGUGGAGUGGUCUCCUGAUGCCAAGCUUCUCCUCUUUGCAAUUGACAAUGGAGAGGUCCAUGUUUAUGAUAAUUCAGGAGGCUUUGUCAGCAAGCUAAACAUUCAGUGCUUAGCCAAUGUUGGCUCUACAUCAUGCAAUAUUGUUGGCUUGCAUUGGUACAGUGGAAAGAAUGGUCACAUUGAGCCAGACUGCCCUGUCCUUGCCACCUGCUAUGACAAUGGGCGGAUGCAGAUCAUGAAGAACGAAAAUGAUGACAUCCCUAUAUUGGUCGAUGUGGGCAUGACAGCAGUUGGUAUUCAGUGGAAUCACAACGGCAGCAUCAUCGCAGUAGUUGGGAUGCAAAAACUCCCUGAAGAAAAGGAGUGCAACAUGGUACAGUUUUAUACUCCAUUUGGGGAGCACUUGCGUACUUUGAAGGUACCAGGGAAACAGAUAUCAGGUUGCGCAUGGGAAGGCACUUCGCUGCGCAUCGCCCUGGCCGUUGACUCCUACAUCUAUUUUGCCAAUAUCAGACCCGAUUACAAGUGGUGUUACUUUGCCAACACAGUCGUCUAUUCCUUCACCAAGCCAGAGCAGAAUGAGCUAUCAGUGAUGUUUUGGAAUAUUAACACCCAGGAGUAUCACGUAAGACAGGUUCGGUCACUGAUUGGGAUCGCUGCGGCAGGCGAUCAUUGUGUCAUGGCAUCGAGACUUGAGGAUGGAUCUGGACAGCAUGCAUUAGUUCUCUGCAAUGCAAUUGGCACACCGAUUGACAGCAAGUAUGUAGAUAUCGAACCCAUAUGUGUGGCUAUGACCUCGAGCCUCAUAUUUGCUGCAUCGCGAGACAACGUCUACGUCUGGCAGUAUGGGACACUGAAAGCCCGAUCUACUCUGGAUGUCACUCUGGGGCGAUCAGAAGCAAGACGGGAGAGAAUAUUUCAUGUCGAUGACACGCCAUCAGGAACUGCAGAUCUCUCCUUGGAGAAUCGCAAGGAAGACCAGACAAAUGACCCAAUUUGUUGCAUGACUUGUUCCGACACGGUACUUGUUGUCGGCCGGGAAUCUGGAGUUGUUCAACGCUAUACUUUACCCCAUAUUGCCUUUACUAACACCUACCGCCUUUCGACACGUCCCUACAAACUUCAACUGAAUUCCAAUUCCCGUCGCAUGGCCAUUAUAGAUGUGACCGGGUUGCUAACGCUCCUCGAUCUCGAAGCAAGGUCAUCGGAUUCCACGGGACGAGAGGUUGCCGGUGACUUUCUCAAAUUCGAUCGGAAGGAUGUCUGGGAUCUCGAGUGGGCCUCAGAUAAUCCAGAAUUGUUUGCUAUCAUGGAGAAAACUCGCAUGUACAUAUUCCGAAAUCUGGAUCCCGAGGAACCCAUCUCUUCGGCCGGGUACAUUUGCAGCUUCAAGGAUCUCGAGAUCAUUGCCGUUCUCCUGGAUGAAAUAAUGUUGGAUCCUGACAGUCCAAGUGCCGACUCGAUAGUGAAGCGGGAAUCCAAGUCUCUCAGAGACACUCGUGAUCUUCUCGAGAAAGUUGGUAUCAAGGAGGCUGCUCACUUCGUGGAGGAGAAUCCUCACCCCAGACUCUGGGGACUCCUGGCCGAAGCUGCACUUCAGAAUCUUGAUCUUGAGACGGCAGAAUCCGCCUUUGUGCGCUGCCGUGACUAUCCAGGGAUACAGUUCACAAAGAAGCUUCAAAACAUAUCUAGUGAGACUCUGAGAAAAGCCGAAGUUGCAGCAUAUUUCAAACAGUUUGACGAGGCUGAGCGUCUAUACCUGGAAGUAGAUCGCCGUGACCUGGCUAUCACGUUGCGCCGAAAACUGGGUGAUUACUUUCAUGUGGUUCAGUUACUAAAAGCUGGUACUCUCGGAACGGAUUCUCAAAUGGUGGAUGCUUGGAACAACCUCGGCGAUUACUUCUAUGAUCGACAGAAGUGGAAAGAAGCAGCUGGUUAUUAUGAGCAAGCGGCCAAUCAGGCUCGCCUCAUGAAGUGUUAUUACAUGCUCGAAGACUACGCUGGACUUGAUCGGAUCUUAGAUGCCGUCCCUGACGAUCAUGAGUUGCUCCCAGAACUCGCAUCCAUGUUUCAGGGUGUUGGCAUGUGUGAGCAGGCCGUUAGGGCAUAUACGAGGUGCGGGCAAGUCAAGAAAGCAGUCGACUGCUGCGUGUCGCUCAGUCGAUGGCAGCAGGCAGUUGAACUUGCCAGAAAACAUGAUGUGAAGGAGACAAGUGAACUCCUAGCUCAAUUUGCACAGCAUCUUUUGGCAAAAGAACAGCGCCUCGAGGCUGUCGAAUUGUUCCGGAAAGCAUCACAGAACAUACAAGCAGCACAGCUGAUCAUUCGCAUGGCUGAGGACGAGGCCACAGCCAAGAAUCGUCCCUCGCUUUUGAAAAAGAUGUAUGUGUUGGCAGCAAUCCUCGUCGAUGAGCAUCGUGCUGCCUUGCGGGUGAACUUGUCCUCCUCUGAGGGUUCUCGGAGUUCGGCGUUGCUGGGCCUGGACGACGGUUUCCAGGAAGGUCUCGCCAUGGAUGCAAACAUGGUCCUAUUGGAGAAUCCAUGGAGAGGGGCCGAAGCAUAUCAUUUCUACAUGAUGGCACAGCGGCAGCUCUAUGAAGGAUACGUGGAUGCCGCGAUGAAGACAGCCUUGCUUCUACGUGACUACGAGGACAUCUUACCACCCGAAGACAUCUAUUGCCUUCUUGCGCUGUCCUCAUGUGCCAACCGUGCCUUUGCCACUUGCUCAAAGGCCUUCAUCAAACUGGAAUCCCUGCCAGAGGUCGAUCCCAUUGCCAGACAGCAAUAUGAAGACCUAGCCAUGGAGAUCUUCGUGCGUCACACGCCCAAAGAUUCUCGAUCCACCCGAGCCGAUUGUCCCCAAUGUCAAACUAAAAUCACAGACGGCGUUUCUCGUUGCACCAACUGCAACGCCCGUUUCCCGGUCUGCACUGCGACCGGUCGUCCAUUAUACAACACAGCCGGGACCUGGGCUUGUGUGAGAUGCAGGCAUCGAGCCAUGGAAGCCGACAUGGCCGUUCGUCACUCCUGCCCCCUUUGUCAUGCACCUGUCAACUCUUAA